GGAUCGACACCUUGACCUUCGACGAGCGCCCCCAGUCGGAUUCCACCGACGACCGCGUCUCAUCCAAGUGGAACUCGGGGAGCAUGGCCGGCACCUCGACCUCGGAGGAUGCCAGCUCCCUCGGGAACCAGGGGCUCGGAGGGCCCCGGCCUGGUGACGGAGGGCGCCGCCCACCAGGAGAUGGUGCAGCUCGAGCAGCCGGGUGGGGACCGCACUUCGGAGAAGACCAGGACCCAGCGUCGUCGCGCGCAGCGGAAGCUCUUCAGAGCAGUCAAGGCAGGGAUUGCGGAUACCGGCGACCUCCCCUCGGGAGCUCCCGCCGCUUCCAGCAGCGGCAGCGGCAUGCGGGGAGGCACCUCUACUAAGCUGUCCCUGGAGCCGCCCCCCUGGGCUGAUCGCGCCCCCGUGCAGAUGUCGGCCGCUCCGCGCCGCCUCGACACGCGGCGGCAGAGGAAGAACACCCUCUGGAAGCUCGGCAGAAGGAGGGCGGGUGGGAUUGGAGGAUCGGACUGACAGCUGGCGCAGCGGGCUCCACCAGCCGACGGUCCUCGCGAGCGCCAGUGCUCGAGAGCGCGCAGCUGCGUGUACACGGCGGGCGAGCGCGCGCGCGCAGUGCACGGCCAGGCGCGGUAGGAAGGAACGACAGAGAGUUGGGCUGCUCAUUUGUUGUUGGUGCUGGGCCGCUCGCGUCAUUCCUUGGCGGGCGCUCGCUUAGGCCCAGAAGUGGAAGAGAGA